AGAGGAUAACUGUGCAGGUGUGAGGAGAUGUGGGCAGAAACCUUGCUGGGAGAUGGGCAAUUGCCUUCACUCCCUCCCUUUCUUGGGAACACAAUUUGUGGCUGGAAGAGAUGCCUGGAAUGAAGAGACCCGUGAGCAGUGAAUGUUUGUUACCUUAUUACACUGCCCACAGCUACCGAUCCAUGGGUGUGUUCAACACCUCCAUGGGAAACCUACAACGACAGCUGUACAAGGGAGGAGAGUAUGAUAUUUUCAAGUAUGCACCGAUGUUUGAGAGCGACUUUAUCCAGAUUAGCAAAAAAGGAGAGGUGAUUGAUGUUCACAACCGUGUCCGAAUGGUGACUGUGUGCAUCGCAUCUACCAGCCCGGUCCUUCCACUACCUGAUGUCAUGUUGCUGGCCCGACCAGCUAAAGUCUGUGAAGAACAUGCCAGACGGGCUAGGCUCAUCAAGGGGAAAGGUUGCAAGCCUUCAAAGACUUUAGAGCUCACCAGGCUGCUUCCUUUGAAGUUUGUCAAGAUCUCCAUUCAUGAUCACGAGAAACAGCAGCUUCGCCUGAAGCUUGCCACGGGCCGGACUUUUUACCUGCAGCUGUGUCCCUCCUCUGAUGCACGAGAAGACCUCUUUUGUUAUUGGGAAAAGCUUGUCUAUCUCCUUAGGCCACCAAUGAACAGUUGCAUCAGUAACCCAACACUUACCACUGGCGACACAAGCACUGACACCAAAAGCCAACUCGUCUCAGAGAUCCAUGGAGAAGGAGAUCGUGAUUCUAAGCUUCAAACAUCCCAAGAUGUGUCAGAAGCCACUUCUGCUGCAUUUGCAGGAGGAGAGAGAACACAACCACAACCAGCUGCUGCAGCUGUUGUCACUCCAGGAUCUGUCAAAGCGAGGGUGGCAGGGGCAGCAGGGGCGGCAGGGGCGGCAGGGGCAGCAGGGGCAGCAGGGGCCCCAGGGGUAGCAUGGGCCGCAGGGGCGUCAGGGACAGCAAAGGCAGCAGGUGGCACCACAGCUGCAGCAGUAACAGCCCCCCCAGCAAGUGUGGCAAAAGCAGGGACAGCAGCAAGCCAGCCCUCAGGUGUCAUAAGCAUGGCAGCAACAACAACCAAGUCUCCAGGCUCAGGCCAGUUAGCCGCAGCAACGACAGGAACAGCCGCCAAAGAUCAAGUAGGAAGUGCAUCCAGCAAGGCCAUGGCAGUUGUUGCAAACAUAAUCUCAGAAGGUGUAGACGUGGUCUUGGCAGGAGCUGUCAGUUCUGCUCCUGAGUCCUCUUCUGCAGCGGGUGAUGCUGGUGGCUCCCCAGACACCAACCUGAAUGUGGCAUUUGUAGGCAGCAUGACCACCAAGGGACCUGCUGAGGUUAAACCUGAAGCUCCCCUCCUGUCAACCUUGCAGAGUGAAGGCUACAUGUGUGAAAGGGAUGGGAGCCAGAAGGUUUCCCACACUAGCUCUGAAGCACAGAAGGAGAAGAGAGAGAGACAAGAAAGGGACAGAAAGACUAGCAGGAAAAGUUCCCAUCACCGUAGGGCAAGUCGCCACAGUUCGAGCAAGGACAAGAGUCGGAAAGGAUCUUCCUACCGGUCUGUAUCUAGCCACAAGAAAACAAGAGAAGACAAAAAGGGGAAAGGGCGUGGCCGCUUAAGGAGCAAGAGACGCAGCUCCUCUUACAAAAGUGAGUCCAGGACUGGUCACAAAUCCAGGAAGAACCGAGCAGCAGCUAACACAGGUACUGUGAAUAAGAAAGCCACUAAGAUUAGAUCUUUUUUCAGGAGCUUCCUAGUAAGGCCUGCUUCCAAACCAGGGGACAACUCCUGUGAUAGGAAAGUAGACAUUGUGACGAAGUUGGUGGAGAAGCAUGACAUAGAGACAACAGUGGAGAAAAGCAAGGAUUUAGAGUUCAACGAUACAAUAAUCUCUGAGACAAGGGAGAAGAUCAUCCUUGAAACCAAAUCUAUUUAAGAUCUAGAGCAGGAAGCAGCAACAGAGACCAGGCCUCGGAGGAGCACCGGUGAGCCAAUUGCAGCUUCCGUAAUGGCAGUUUCAAUAAUAAAGGUUACAAAACUCC